AUCGAAUUUGUCGGAAGAUGAUGGUGUGAAAAAAAAAAGGAAAACUGACUGAGAAACCUCCCAAAAUCUCAGUAUCGCCGAAGUAGCCGUAGAAGAGCGACAUCCGACGAGUCGACGACGAGGGUACAGAAAGGAAGUUAACCAAAUUUCAUUUCUGCGCAUAGUUCUCAUUUCAUCGCACUCCCAGGUUUCUCUCUAUCUCUUUCUAUGCCGUAAAAUUAAGCAUUGGACUGGAGAGAUCUGUAGUCGGAAAGAAAAAAGCUUUACAUUUGCAUCGAUCCGUCAUCGGAAUGGAUUAAUUCGUUCUCUUCCAAUUUGAUUCCAACUAUGUUUGUAUGUGGUUUGUGAUCGACUCCAAAAUGAAUCCGAAUCAGAAUCAGGCUAUGGCAGUAGCAUCAGCAACAAUUGCAGAAUCCAAGCCGUUUGAGGAUUCAUUUUGUGGAGUUGGAGCUGGUUCAAUUUCAGGAGGAGGACUCAUUCGAGGCGGAUUGGGUGCUUACGGCGGGAAAAUUCUCGGCUCUGGUUCCGACUAUGUCCAAAGCAAUAUAAGCAAAUACUUCUCAGAUCCACAGUACUACUUCCAAGUGAAUGAUCAUUAUGUCAUCAACAAAUUGAAGAUCCUCCUCCUUCCUUUUCUCCACAGGGGGCAUUGGACUAGGAUAACGGAGCCAGUUGAUGGCAGGCUAUCCUACAAACCACCGGUUAACGACAUCAAUGCACCAGACUUGUACAUCCCAUGUAUGGCAUUCGCCACCUACUUGGUCCUCGCUGGCAUCUCCCUCGGCCUCUCCGGCAAGUUCAGCCCAGAAGCAUUGAACUGGCAGUUUGUUAAAGGGAUGGUGGGGUGGGUGACUCAGGUGAUGCUGCUGAAGGUCUCGCUGCUGUCGUUGGGAGGAGGGGAGGCGCCAGUGCUGGACGUGGUGGCGUAUGCUGGCUACACCUUCACAGGGAUGUGUAUGGCUUUGCUGGGGAGGAUCGUGCUGCGAUACGCAUACUAUCUCAUCAUUGUGUGGACUUGUCUGUGUAUGGCGUUGUUCCUAGUGAAGACGAUGAAGCGGACCUUGUUUGCUGAAGUCAGGUGUUUUGAUCCUAGCAGGCAUCAUUACCUCUUGCUUGGGAUUGCUCUCACUCAGUUCCCACUCAUCUUCUGGCUCAGCAACACUUCUGGCAACUGGGCUUGAUCCAAGUGACUGUUGCUGCUGCUGAUGAUGGUAGCUACUUAGUUCGAUUUCUACUGAUCUUACUCUCUCAUUCUUUAAUUCUUUUGUUCUUUUUUCUUAUGAUAGUUGUUUCGUGGAUGCUUGCUUCUCGUAAGGGAAGCAGGGGAGAGGUCAGAAUGUAAUAAACAAAGUGAUGAAAAGUACCAAAUUUGUUAUGGUCUGGCAAUAAAAAGGUACAAACUUUGUUGUUUACCGAAGAGUAUAAUUGAAGGAAAUUUCUUCUGGGUUGGUUUUGAUUCUCAGUUAUCACCAAAUGAAAACAAUCCUCUGGUUCUUUGAACUAUAAGGCUUGGCUUCCUAUUCUUCUCCUUCUCUUUUCAUCUUAAAACAGACAAACCACUGAGAUCUUCACGUCUGUACACUCUGCCACUUGAGUAACAGUUUCAUCAAUGAGUUUUCCUACCUGUCUUCUGUGUUCAUCCUGUCCAGAAUCACGUGAUCAUCUCUGUUUCAAAUGUGCCUACACGCAGGCAGCAGUUGGUGAACUAUGCUUACCCUUUUCCCUGGAACUAUAACACAAAAAGCUGGAGGGCAGGAGGGGAUGAUGGAGGCAACAGAAAGCUUCAACGCUUGCAAUGUCGGCAGAUUUGUUUUGAACAUGGUGAUAAGUGAAAUAUGACGUCAACAUUGCAGGGGGUUGUAUGGGAGUCAGAGCCUCAAUGUAGUAUGCAGAAGAUCAUGGAAUGACAGCUGAUUGGCGAGUCUGAGGUAGCUACUUCUGUUAAAGCAAGAAACUUUGGUUCCAAAAUUAAAAAAAUCAAUGUUCGUUGCUUGGUCUUAUAUAUAUCUCGAAUAGGGUAUGUAGAGGUUGGUAUUGGAUGUAAAUUUUGUUCUGUUUUAAUGUAACAGAGGAAGUAUGAGG